AUGAUUUGGGAUGCAAACUUCUUCAGUUGUCGUUUGUGGAGGAGCUUUCGCUUCUUUUGCUCCUCCACUUUGGGUCUGAAAAGAUCUCAGUCCAUCCCUACUCAAUCACUAGAACUUGGAAACCUUCUCCUUGCAGCCCAUAUCACCAAAAGUUUGCAUCAAUCUGGGACGCAGAAGCUUGAUGCUAACUCCAUAACUCUCUCUGAGAGUCUUAUCUUGCAUGUCCUUAGAAAGACCUCCAUUGAUCCUUUCAAAAAGAUUGAUUUUUUUAAGUGGUGCUCUGACAGGCAUGGUUUUAGACACUCUGCACAAAUUUAUUCCCAGAUUUUCCGUGUACUUUGUCGUUCUAAGAGUUGUUUUUACCUUAAUGAUCAUGUGGCAAAUGAUUUAUUUAGUGCAAUGAAGCAAGACGGUGUUCUUGUUGAUUCAGCCACCUUUAGGCUUCUGCUUGAUGCUUUUAUCCAUUCUGGUCAGAUUGAUUCUGCUCUUGGUGUUCUUGACCAGAUGGAAGAUUUAGGAGCUACCUUGAACCCGCAGAUGUAUAAUUCUGUUGUUAUUGCUUUGGUUCGAAAAAACCAGCUCCGUUUAGCUUUGACUAUGUUUAACAGGCUACUAGAAACGUCCAGCGGUUGUGGAGCUCCUGAUCUCUGUGAGCCUGUUGCCUGUAAUGAAUUGCUUGUUUCUCUUCGAAGAGCUGAAAUGAAGGAAGAGUUCAAGAAAGUAUUUUCCAGUUUAAGGGAUUAUAAAAUUGCUUUGAACACGUGGGGUUAUAAUAUAUGUAUUCAUUCAUUUGGGUGUUGGGGCGACCUUGAGACUUCACUCCGUCUUUUUAGGGAGAUGAAGGAAUCAAGUGAUGGUACUUGUGAUGGUCCAGAUUUGUGUACGUAUAACAGCCUCAUCCAUGUACUUUGCUUGGUUGGCAAGGUGAAGGAUGCACUAAUAAUUUGGGAAGAGCUAAAAUAUUCAGGUCAUGAGCCUGAUGCUUUCACCUAUCGUAUCCUAAUCCAGGGCUGCGCUAAAUCAUAUCGGAUUGAAGAUGCUACUAAGAUUUUUAAUGAAAUGUUGUGCAGUGGGUUUCAACUAGAUACUGUUGUUUACAACUCUCUCCUAGAUGGUUUUCUCAAGGCUAGAAAGCUCAAUGAAGCCUGUCAACUUUUUGAGAAGAUGACCCAAGAAGGGGUGAGAGCAACUUGUUGGACAUAUAAUAUUUUGAUUGACGGGCUGAUUAAAAAUGGAAGGGCUAUAGCUGGCUGCACACUUUUCUGGGAUUUAAAAAAGAAAGGGCAGUUUGUUGAUGGCAUUACUUAUAGCAUCAUCAUUUUGUAUCUUUGUAGGGAGGGCCAAAUGGAAGAAGCCUUGCAUCUGGUGGAAGAAAUGGAAGGCAGAGGUUUUGUUGUUGAUUUGGUGACUAUAACUUCACUCUUAAUUGGACUUUAUAAGCAAGGUCAAUGGGAUGCAACAGAACGAUUGAUGAGGCACAUAAGAGAUGGUAAUUUAAUACAUAAUGUUCUAAGGUGGAAAGCUAAUAUGGAAACAUCAAUGAAACAUCAGCAGAAGAAAAGAGAGGAUUGCACCCCUAUUUUCCCAGCUGAAGGAAAUUUUAGUGAAAUUGUAGAUUUGCUCUCAGUUGAAGGUAAAGCAGAUAGCGACAUAGGAUCAAGUGAUGAUGAAUAUUCAGAUUGGGAGUCGGGCCGUGCCAAUGUGGAUGAUGAGUGGUCAUCAUCCCCUUACAUGGAUCAAUUGGCGAAAGAAGUCAAAUUUGAUGGCCAAUUUUUCAAAUGGUUCUCCUUGUCAAAGGGUCGACGAGUUCAAGCAAAAGGGAUGAAGUCUUUUGAUAUUGACAUGAUUAAUACAUACUUGUCCAUCUUUUUAGCAAAGGGCAAGUUGAGCAUAGCUUGCAAACUAUUUGAGAUAUUUACUGAUAUGGGUGCUGAUGCUGUGAGUUAUACAUACAACUCCAUAAUGAGUUCAUUUGUGAAGAAGGGUUAUUUUGAUCAAACAUGGGGAAUCCUCCAUGAAAUGGGUGAGAACCUUUGUCCAGCUGAUGUAGCAACAUAUAACAUUAUCAUUCAAAGUUUGGGAAAGAUGGGAAGAGCAGAUCUGGCUAGCUCCAUUCUGAAUAAGCUUGUCAACGAGGGUGGGUAUCUUGAUAUUGUUAUGUACAAUACUCUCAUGAAUUCUCUUGGGAAGGCAGGUAGAGUUGAUGAAGCCUUGAAGCUCUUUGAGCAAAUGAGGAAAAGUGGUAUAAACCCCGAUAUUGUCACAUUUAAUACACUAAUUGAAAUUCAUACAAAGGGGGGCAGGCUAAAGGAUGCGCACAGAUUCCUAAGGAUGAUGCUAGAUGCUGGCUGUUUACCAAAUCAUGUGACUGACACAAUACUGGAUAAGCUCGGGAAGGAGAUGGAGGAGGAGAAGUUUCGGCAUAAGAAAGCACCGAGCAGUUGCGUUGAUUAGGAUGAUUUUUCUCCACUGGCAGUUGUGAUACCGGUUUCUUGUUUGCAUUGUUUGCUUCCUGAGACCAGGAAACCUAACAGAUCAAUGUCAAAUAAGCUUUGGGGCGGAGGGAGUAAAAGGAAGGGGAAAAAAAUGGUUGCAACAUCUUAUAACAAGUUUAAACGGGGUGCAAUCAUAUGCUGCUUGAGCCCUGAAGUCAAAUGAGACUUUCCUCGAGUUACUGAGAUUCUCCAUAGGUGUCUAUAAAGGGUAUUCUGAGCACGACUUGUUCGUGCUCGGGGCCAUUAAUGUCGUAUUGAGUAUCAUCUUAUAUUUCUCAUCGUUGAAUGACAUUAGAGGACCUCUUUCCGUCUUCAAUGAUAUGUUCAGCUGGAUGUUGGAAAGCCAAUUGCCUCAAUUUCUUGGCGGUACGUGUGAUUGUGCAGAUCAAGGAGGUUGUCUGAGGUCUGACAAGGGGCCAUGGAAAGAUCCUGAAAUCUUAAAGAUGAUUCAAUCUGGUGAAGCCGAAGUAGCCAUAUCAAACAGCGAAGGGAGGGUUAUUGCUUAUAACAAGAUG